CCUCCGGCGGCGGGCGAGGAGAAUGGGAGUGCGGGGCGAGCGCCCGGCGCCCGGAGUCACCGCCGCGGAGCCUGCGGGGCGCGGGGCCGGCGCUCGCCGCUCUUAAAGCCCGGAGGGCGCGGCGGCGGCGGCGGCGGGUGGAUAGUGGCGCCGGGAGGCAGGAUGGAGAGAAAGGGCUCGGCGGCCGGGGCCAAGGGAAACCCUAGCCUGCCCGCGGCCAGCGAGGGGCAGCGGCCGUCGCCGCCACUGUGCGUCCCGGGCGGAGGGGCCCCGGCGCGGGGCCAGGCUGGGGUGGCGGCCGAGCCGGCGGAGCUCAUCCGGCGCGCGCACGAGUUCAAGAGCCAAGGGGCGCAGUGCUACAAGGACAAGAAAUUCCGCGAAGCCAUCGGCAAAUACCAUCGGGCGUUGCUGGAGCUGAAGGGGUUGCUGCCGCUCCCCGGGGAACGGGAGCGAGAUGCGCGCCCAGCCUCCCCGGCCGGGGCCCCCAAACCCGGCCGCCUCUCCGAGGAGCAGAGCAAGACGGUGGAAGCCAUAGAGAUCGACUGCUACAACAGCCUGGCAGCCUGUCUGCUCCAGGCCGAGCUGGUAAACUAUGAGAGAGUCAAGGAAUAUUGCCUGAAGGUCCUGAAGAAGGAAGGAGAGAACUUCAAGGCCCUUUACCGGUCUGGUGUGGCCUUCUACCAUCUUGGGGACUAUGACAAAGCACUCUACUACCUGAAAGAAGCAAGGUCCCGACAACCAACAGACACCAAUGUGAUUCGGUAUAUCCAGCUGACAGAGAUGAAACUCAGCAGAUGCUCCCAGAGGGAGAAAGAAGCCAUGUAACGAGGAAGCCUCUCACAAGCCACACAUAUGCCUGACUGGGGACUUCCAGGCACCCUGUCGGAGAGCCCCACCUUGGGCUCUGUCCCUCUCUCCUCAGUUCUUCCAGUACCCCUGCUCCCCAACUCUCUCUACUCCAGUGCAAGAAGGUGAGAAGCACACUUGGAACGUGGUGAGCUGCCUGCAUGGACAUAGCCUCUUCUCUAGCAGGUCAGCGACUAGGACAGCUGGAAAGGACUGUCAUGGACUGAGAUGGCAUUGUGGCUUUGAUUUGGGUCAGUGUUUCAGAGCUUGGCAGUGCAUCAACCCAAAGACAGCAGGCAUGGAGCCUGCAGUCUGGACCCUUCUGCACCUUCCUGAUGGACCAGUGCAUCUUGAGGCUACUGAAAGAAGUCCAGGGCCGAGACAGGCACAGAAGCAUUGGUUGAGCCAAUGCUGAGACUGAAUCUGUUUCCCACUCCCUCAGUCACCUUAGCCCCUGCCACCUGCCUCACUUGUCUUGACCUAUCCUUUCUUCUCUCUCUCGGGGAAGUCCAAGUCUCUGCCAGGAUUCACAUGCCAUUAAGGCCCACUCUCAAUGCCUUCUGGUGACCACACAUACCAUUCCCCCGCCUCCCAGCCAGCAGGCAGCUGUGACAGCAGAAAGGCAGGGUGAAAUGGGCCAACAGUUGGGGGCAGAGCAGACCGUGUAGGUGACAGAAGAGGGAGAGAUGACGCCUAAGGGAAAGAAAGAGCCUUGUAUAGGCUGGGGGCCUGGACCGUGGACUAAUUAAGUGUAAAUAAAAAUAAAUUCACAGGCAGCAGUUCCUGUCAUUUCUGUUGGAAGCAGUCCACUCCUUCAUUUCUGUUCCCUACCCAUCCCUCAAGCAGAGCUGCCCACAGCUAAGCAGGACAGAGCUUCCCCCAAAGCCACUGGCCAUUUGUUCAGGACUGUACACCAUUUUGGCAACAGCCUCUGUGCUUUCAGCAGUGGGCUAGGACUGUGGAGACCGCCCUGGGGCUUGGCUUUGUCGGAACUUGUUUUUGACAGAAUUAUGUGAACUCAAUAUCUAGUAUGUAGAGUUUGUUCAACAAAUAUUUGUUGAAUGAAUAAAUUACAACUGCAGACUGACUCUCCUGCCUUAAACUAAUCUGAUCCCAGCCUAGUCUCCUGACAUCUAUGCUCUUUAGGCUAUGCCGUGUUACUUCAGUCAAACAAGAGACAUUUACUGAGAGCUUACCAUUCCCCCAGCGCAGUACAGUAUGCCACGGGAUAUGGGCUGUCGUCCCAGUCUUCAAGGGAACAGAAGAGUUGAGAAAUGCAUAAGAGAUUAUUACCAACAACACCGUUAAUCUAUAUGAUGCUUAACCAUUUUUGAAGCACUUUCAUGUAUUUUUUGUGUGACAGUGAGAAAAUAUUGUAUAAAAUUAAAAAAUAUAUACAGAUGCAAUAAUUAAUAGUUAGGAUUUAUUAAAUGCACUAUCUUCAGAUCCUUACAUGGACAAUCUUGUUUCUUUCAUAGAAUUACUCUGUGAGAUAUUAGUCAACAUGUGAUGAUGAAGAAAACAGAGCCAGAAAAAUUAACUAUCUGCAUGGCCUUACAGGACAUGGCUAGGGUGUGAACCAGAUCUGUCUGACUCCAGAACUCUAGCUUCUAACUACCACGUACUUACUUUGUUGGGUGGUUACAACUGUUCAAGGGCAGGACAGUUUGCAUUAAGUUGAAAAAUAUAUACCAUAUCAGCAGGCCCCACUCUUAUAUUUACAUAAGUAAGACAGAAAAGACCAGCCAGGAGAAGACAGCUGAGGCCCAGCAGUGCUGUCUGUCAGGUCUACUUGCUGCUGAGACCAGCAUGAAUCUGAACAGCCCACCUGGCAUUCCUCACCCCAUCGCCAGCAGUGGGAAAGGACCACAAUUAUAGGUACAGACUGCAGGGACACGCAGAGUUAAUUAUAGGUUAUCUGUUUAAGCAGAGGCUCUGCUACUUCAAGACCCAAUCAUUUUAAGGGUCCAGCAGCCAACAGCAUGGGUUAUAUUCACACAGUUCCCCAAACUUUUAAUGGGGGCUAAAAGAAGGUGCUAGAAAUACCCAGGGGUCCACAGUUGCACUGGAGAAGAGGAAAAGGAAAAAGCCAGCCCAGGUGCCACAUUCUGUACCUCUGUUCCUCACUUCUGCCAUAUCCUUUUGUCUUCUUCCUCCAAAAUGGCUUCCUAUAACCCUAACCCCAAACUAUUCUUAGCUCUACCGUAAGCCUAUGCACAAUGCCCCACCACUACCAUUACCUUUUUAAGCCCAGAGCUUGUGAGUUGACAAACUGUUAGGAUCUGAAGGAUGAAGAUGAAGUCAGAGGUGGUCUGCAGAAUGAGUUCAGACUAGCAGCAGCUCCCUUUGUUCUUUAUGCAUCAGGAAGGAUUCUGGGUACUUACUCCCAAUAGGGAGACAGGAGAGAAGGUGUGCUUGAACAGAUACAAUAAGAUAGGGCUGGACACAAGGGGAUAAAACUGUUGCCAUCCCGAAAAGAAUGCUUUGAAACCACAACUAUGUGAGGACAACCUCUUGGAACCUCAUAGAACAAGUGUAUAACCUUUGGCUUAUCUAGUGACUUAGACACAUUUGCUUAUGGAAACUCCAUUUACUAUAACCCAGACUUAAUGAUCCCCCAAGUAAGCUUCCUGGGGCAUUAGCUAACACUGGGUGACGUGAGGGCUGAGUCUCUGAGCAUUUGUCCAGCAGAGACUUCAGAUGGCUGUUUAGCUUCCUUCUCUCCAUGCCUCCUUAAAAAACAAGGACUGUGCUCUAAUUACACACUUGGUGGGUGCCACUGUUGAACCACAUAUGUAGACAGCACUAAUCAUGGAUCUGACCUGCAUCGUCAUGUGCUUGGACUUUUGUGAUCAACUCUUUGGGACAAAGCUUAUGUUUUUUGUUUAAUUAUGAGAGCCUCGCUGUGUGUUAUAGAACAUUUAGGGGAAAAAAGAAGGAAAGAAAAAGAUGAAAUUCAGUCCAACACACUACCAUCUAAGAUAACACAUUUUUAUCCUUUUGGCAUAUAUUUUGGUUUUCUUUAGUAUAAAUGUGUAUGAACACAUGCACAGGUUUUUGUUUGUUUUUUAAUGAAAAAAAAAUGAUCAUGCUGUAUAGACUCUUUAAUAACUUACUUUCCAAAAUGUAUAUUUAUAUUUUAGAAUAUGCAAUGUAUGCACAGACAUGCAGAAUUCAAAUAGGACAAAAACUCCGUAGUCGGAAGUAACUCUUCUCCCAGUCUGCCAACAGCUUGUUUCCCUCUAGUCUCUUGUACAUCCCCUCCGGAGAUACACAUUUCAAGCAUAUGUAUAUGUAUUAUUUCAUCACUCACAAGUGGUGACAUAUCAGAUCCUUUUUUCCCCUCCUUCCGUUGCUUUAUUUAAUCUAUCGGGAACAUUUUCUGCAUGUCUUUCAGAUUUUUCCAGUAGCAUCUUCAUUAUAUAAAUGGACCUUACUUUUGUAACUUGUCCCCAAAUACUGAUUAUUUCACUUGUUCACAAUCUUUACUGUAAAUAAUGUUGUAACUCAUAUUCUUGUUGCUAAAUUUUGCACACAUCUGUGACUGGUCCCUUACGAUGUAAUCCAAGAAGGAAAUUGCUUGGCUGCUUUUAAGGGUUUUGAUACAUGUUGCCAAUGUCCCCCCACAAAAGUUUGUACCAAAACACUGUCUUGUUUGCAUCCCCCAGAGUGUCCUGCCCUCUGGACCCCAACAAACACUGGAUAUUAUUACUUAUCAAAUCUUUACCAAUUCAAAGGCAAAUAAUAGUGUGUCAAUGAUAUUUCAACUUGUUACUUUAACUCUCUUUGGUUAUUGGUGAAUAACAUUUUCAUAUGCUUAUGGACCAUUUGUAUUUCUUUCUUUGU